GUAAGAAUUAAUGGGUGUUUGCAGGAGCGUCUACGUAAGAACAAAGCACCGAUUCCUGUUUUUGUGAAAGGAAAGCCUUUUCCUUAUUUGAGCUUUGUCAGAAUGGAUGUGUAGAGUUCAACAGUGACAGCUAACUGUGGUGUUAAGAGUGGUGGGGUUUGAUGUAUUUUAUAAAAACGUAACUCAGAACUUUCCCAAACCAAUUCUUUUCUGGGCUACAGUUUACGGGGUGGGGUGUUUCAAAAUUUCCACAACAAAACCAAACUGUUAGGAAUCCGGUCUGACUAAGUUCAGUUCAACACACGAGCCAUUUGCGGUGGUCAGAACCACACAAACAGUACUGUAGAGGUACGUGUAAGAGUAGUGAGUUCCUUGUUAGUCACUUGAAGUACUCUCACUGGGAAGGUUGGGUAAUUCCAGUUCUUUAAUAAAAAUGGUGUUGCUUCAUUUAAUUCAAAUACACUAUUCAACAUAGUGUUCAAUACACUAUUAAUAGAAUAGCAUACUGCAGCUGCCAAUUAAUUUGGACAGCUAAUAUGUUGCCAUUUGCAAAGUGUUUUCUUCACAAGUUAUUUAAAAAGCUAACAAAUUAUUUCAUUUCUUGCAUGCCAAACACAGGGGGGAGUACUCACUUUAAGUAUCUGAUUCAGGCUCCGUGGUAAGAAUAAAGAUACGCUCUUGACUGAGGAGCCCGAGUUACACGGUCUUGAUGCUUCCGUUUGGUCAUCUGGAUCAAGCAUAUGGAAAAAUUGCACCGUGUGCAAUCUGUGUUCUCCUGGUAACUGCCCUUUCCUUCUCCUUCCCAGUGUUCUGUGUGUACUAUGUGACUAGAGGAAUCCUGCAGGAGAAUCGCCAGGAGCUCAUCGUCUUUGUUCUUUCCAUCUUGCUAGUGAUGUUCCGUUCCGUUGUCAACUUCACCGUUCUCUCUGCUGAGCAAAAGCCGAAACUCCUGGCCCGCUUCGUUCUGAUCCUCUUGGUUGGCUCCUUUGAUGUGAUCUGUGCCAUCAUCCUCAUUCAGAGUCAAAGCAUGAUGGCCUUUCGAGUGGGUGGUGCUCUAGAAAGCCUACAGUCUCAAUACUUCAUGCUGAACCUCUGUUUUUCCAUGUUGACCUUUGAUCUUCAGGCACAGCUCUGCUUGUGUGUUCUGCUGAUAAGUCUGCACGAGAUCACCCUUCUACAUAACAUCAUCUCAGCAACAGGCGUUGUUUGGGCCUGCCUGAAGAUGGCCAUUAGCGUCAUCGCAAUUUUAAAAGAACUGAAACCUCUAGUGUGGAUUUUUCUGAGUCAGAACAUCCCUGAAGUAGUUUAUCUCAUCUACCUGCUUUACACGGUGAUAAAGGAGUGGGGCAAAGGGAAUUCUUACACGCUGGAAGCUGCUUUCGUUACUGGCUCUUGCAUUUCUGUUGCAAUAAAAUCUGUUUUGUUUUGGGCACUGAUUCACGUCUACCGCAGCUUUGGGCAGGGACUGAGAGAAAGAAUGUUUUCUUCCUAUGGAAGGAUCGACUCCUGAGCAUCCCCCUCCUGUUCCACCUGCAGCUCUUACAGAGUGAAAUCAUAGCUGGGCAAGUUCUGAUCAAGUGCUUGCCUCCAGGACGUAAGAUAAUGGGUCGGUUCCACAGAGGCAGGGGAAGUUGCUAAGAAAAAUGUCUAUACAUUUCUUGGUUUGUAUUGUGCUAGGGAAGCAUAGCAGUGCAGCUGGUAACUUAGUUUAAAAAGCAAAGUGCACUCGGGAAAUUAACAGUAAUCCUCUCAAUUCAAUGAGUUUUGCUGACAGGAUAAUGCAUUUUUCACUCCUCGUUUUCCUGAUGUUGCUUUGUAACUGCAGGAGGUUCACAACAUGCAUGUGAAUAGAGAAUGUUGUUAAUAUAAAUGCUGUUUUUCUGGAUAUACACAAACAUAAUGAAAAUAAUUUGCACACCCGUCUCUCAUUACUGAGCCUAGAAGUGGCUUGCCCUACCAUCACUUCUCAACUCAGAUCUGUUGCUGAACAGAGGUUGAGCCCCAGCGUUGUUUUGAUGAUGUCUGUAGUCCCUGAUCUCCACUCUGGCUGUGUGAUGGCCUAACCCCAACAGAACAGCUAGGGCUCCUCUUCCUCCUCUGACUUCAGAAUAUUUCAAAUUUUUUUUUUUUUUUUUUUUCCAAAUCCCAGCUACACAUGAAAACUACACAAUGUAAUCUCAUGCCUUCCUACAGUGUGUCUAACCGAUGUGCCAUUCCAUACACAAGGAUGACUUAAAACAAGCCUUUAAUCUUGUAAUUUAAAUGUUUGGUAUUUUAUUGAUUGGAACCUUUAGCUACUGGCUGUCUAUUUUUUAAUAAAGUAUAAACACAGUUUGUGCACAGAUUGUUAUUUCUCACAUCAGCAGCAUGAGUUCAAGGGGAAGUGUGUUCACAAACUGAGUAUGGAAGAGGCUGGAACUGUGAUUCACAUGUGCUGUGAGCACUGCCAUAAUGUUCCUCUUUCGAUACAUCUUUAGCUUGCAGGUGUCUGUACACUGCAAAAAGUAGUUAAAAUAGUUUAUUGCAGCUUAUUAGGGAAAUUUACAAGGACGAUAUCAGAACUUCUAUAGAAAAAAAUUCUCACCCUGGUCUUCUAAACCUGAAACAAAUCUAUUUUAUAGCUAGCACAAUGGAGGCAUGAAGAGGUUAAAUGUCUAUGGCCAGACUGCAUACAGCUGACAAUAUCAAGAGAAAGCACGAGAAUACCAGCUGAUGACCGUGACUUCAUUCCACAACUCAAAAUGUGACUAUGGAUUGUUGCUGAAACGGAGGAACACAAUUAAGCAUAUUCAAUCCUUUUCUAAAACAAGCAAACAUGCAGCAGGUCUUGCCUAGAGCAAGACCAGCAAGGGAAGACUUCAGUCUUGCGGUAGGCCUGUACUCGGUCAAAAUGAGCUGAAGAGAAUAGGCUUGUGCUACGCCCCUUUUAUCUUCAUAGCAAGGAGACAGCAGAAACAACUGUAUCACUAGAAGGAAAAAAAGUUAUGGUUACUUUCAAAUGUUUAUCUCCCCAAAAGCAGAUAUGUAUUGUUAUGCCUUGGGGAAUUAACCUUCAUAUUUUCACAGAAAAAUGUUCUUAUUUCAGCCUAAGGUCUUGUUAAGUUCCUGGGGAAAUCUCCCUGUUCUUUUUCACAAGGUCUUGAAGUUAAUACUGGGCAGAUAAGAGCUACUAGGCCCAAUCUGUGAAAGUUUCCCAAUACACAAUCCUGUCAUAAUCUGCAGACAGUGUCUUUGGCCUACUCCAAGUUGAAGCACUUUAUUUUUUGCCCAACCAUCCUAAUCCUGGAUGUAGACAAUCAUUAAACCGACUGGUUCAGACAACCAACUUCACAUUUGCUAUUACUAAAGCAGGAGAUUAAUCCAGGUAAAUCCAAAGUUAACUUUGGAUAAAUCCAAAGUUACUCAUCACAUUUUUUUAUUGGUAUUCACCAAUAGAAGAGGGAAACAAUGGGAACAAAUCACACUGUACCAAACAAAUGGAAGCUACUGCUCUGCAGGUCAUCAAGAACUUCCUCUGUCAAAAACAUUUAGGAAGUUUUACCCACGAUGAUAGGUAAAAGGAGAUUUCAGAUUUAGAAAAUUUGCACAAAUUCUUUACACAACACCUGGUAAAUACACAAACAUUUCCCCUUCUUUGCCCAACCUUCUUUUCUAUACUUUAUGAGAAAUCUCUCAGGAACAGGCUACUUUUUCCUAUGCAGUAAAGUAAGUGCACCCAACAGGAAGAAAAAGUCCAAACCACUCAUAUGCUUCAUUUUUGCAUUAUUUUCUACCUUUCUUUGUUCAAGCCUUUGAGUUCAAUUUUUCAUUGUGCAUUACUGAAAAAACCAAAUCAACUUGCUAUUUUCCCAUCACUACAAAGCACUGGUAAGCUCUAAUUGCACUUCUCUGGGUAUGGUUUCCUGCUUUUCAGUUUGAGGACAAUACACGAGACCCAACUCUUCUUCCCCUUUGUGUUCACCCUUAAAAAAACCUUCAAGCUGCUGUGCGCAUGCACAACAGCUGAUACGAAUUUGGAUUCCAGAAAAGUUAGAAGAACUGCACAGAAAGACCAAGGAUAAUUUGACAAAGUAAGGAGGAACAUUUAGGCCUUGCAAUCCUGUGCCCCACAGUAAUGUCAUUAAUUGGCAUGGCUAGUUCCAAUUGUCUUUAGAACAUAAUCAUGUUCUACAAAACAAAUCCUAACACCACUGUAAAUGCUAUUUGCUUCUUUGUCACUCCUUUCAUUAGCAAUGCAGGAAGUCAUCUCGCAGUUGCACAAGGAACAUGACACUGGCACCACGAGGUAGGACUGCUGUACAAAAAGAGACCCAGAUUACAUUAAAUUCAGUAUCUCAGGGAACUGCAGCAACAAGUGCAAGCUGUGUUGACCUUCACAUCCAAAACGAGAGAUUUUUUUGUACUUCCUGAGAUGGCUGUAAUCCAUACUGCCUACAUGAACAAUUUAGAUUAACCUACGUGUCGGUACCAACAUCCAUUUCAGCUUAUCGUGUAGUCACACUGCAGGACAGGGCAAAACUAGAAAAAGAUGGCCUCAAGCUUCACACAAAUUUAUGGCCAAAUCUUCCUAUUUUAGGCUAUUUAAGUUCUCCUAACUCUUAAAAACUCAGGGUAAAUCGAUACAGCCAUUUUUUAAAUCAGCCCAGCUGAACUGAUUUUGUGCCAAAAUUUUUGAUACCUCAGCUUUGGAAAGACUGGGGGUGGGAGGGGGUGGAGAGUAGUUUUUGCUGGUUCAAAAAACUACGGUGAUUACAGCUCUCAAUGCUAGGACUGGGCCAUUUAAACUGAAAACACUAAGAAGCCUUCAUUCUGGCAAGACAGGACUAACAAACUGCAUAUAAACUAUCUCAAAAGAAUCAUCUGCAAAAUGAGGGCCCAGUCUUUGGCAGUGCUAUUUCCCUGCUCUAUGUAUAGGCGAUAGAGUGCCACUGUCACAGGAAUGGUGGGUUACUGCUUUGGCCAGGGACAGCAAGCACUUGUCACUAGCCAGGCCUGAGAAGAUGGAAAACUCUUUCUAAGGUACCUUGUAAAAACAGCUGUAUUAGCUGCAUAAGAUAUCUCCUCACAUUUAUGAACCACUUGAUGUGCAUGAACUGUUGGAAUAGGUCACAGAAUAAUUAUGAAAUCAUAAAAAGACUCUUGAUCAUUAGCCACAAGUUUCAUGGAAGAAGUGUCUAGAACUUGGUCACAAGGUGCAAAGGCAAGGGCAGGAUGGGCAUUUUAAACUACAUUUUCAAUCUUAAACUUACUAGGUAACAAAUUAUCUGCGAUUAUCUCGGAUUAUUGCCCUUAUCUAUUUCUUUCUUCACUUUGCUACUCUGGGGCCUUCAAAAAAGUAGCUAAUGUAGCCCAACUAGUUGCACAGAAUAUUAGUUUCAACUUGCACGGCAAAUCCAGCUUUUAUUUUGAAACCUUUGAGAAAAGACUGGUAUCAGACAUAUACAUUCAAAAAGCCCUUAGGUGUAUUUCUAGUAAACAGACACUACUGCCCCAUCAGACAUGUAUCAAAGACCCACACUGGACAUUUGCCUUCCAAGCAAGUAAUUGUGUAUACCUAAUUUUAUAUUCUCAACAAUCAAAGUGCCGCUUUACAAAUCCAACUUUACAAAAAGAUUUUAUUGAAAGGAUUGAAAAAUAUUUGUUUUCAACAAUAUUUAAAACAAGUUUUCAAAGCAUUAACAGUAUGUAACAGGAUUUUUCCUCUUUUAAAAAUUCAGUACACUGCUUUAUUCCAUACUACAUCAGUUGUUAAUAACUUCUUAAACUCUCUACUAUAGAAUAACUUUAAAAAAAAAAAAAACCCAAAUUAAUUUCCAAGCUUAAAUUUUGGCCCUUUGUAGACUGGAAAGGAUUUGUAGGUACAGUGAUGUUUACAAACCCUUAUAUUAGAAACACUGCUCUUAAUCAGCAAAAACCUAUUUUACUAGUACAGUUUAAACAAGUUACUUUGAGUAAGCUACAUCAGCAAAAUGGGCUUUUAUUGCCAAUAUAACCAAGUCUGCAUUACAGCUUUUUUUUUUUUCUGGUUCAGCUGUGGUUUGAACAGAAGUUACCCACACUAAGUAGCUAAAUAGGCAAAACUCGAGUGCUGUUUAAACCUUGCUAGCCUGCUUGUGAAUUGCUCGUUUGCGGAUUAAAGGCCUUGAAAAGGGACUUUGUACAGUUAGAUAAAUUUGUCAAGUAUUAACACAAUUUGGGUUGAUAUAAAGCAGCUAGUACAAUUAUAAUCAACGCAGCUUUCUGAAGAAAAAAGCAAAGACUAAAGCCAUCAUGUGACUUUCUUGCCCUUAGUCAGUGACUGCAGCUCUCUACUUGGCUGAUCAGUGAUCCAAAUAAGAUUGUUAUCAAGCAGGAAUAAUUGUACAAGCAAAACUGCAGAAGCCUCAAAGCCAGUAAUGCAAUCGCAGUACAUGAUAAAUUUAAAGAUGACUCCUAAUCUAGAUCUAAUCUAGAGAAAGUAGUUAGUUAAGUUUUGAUUACAGAUUUCAUUAACUAUACACUCUGAAAAUUAAAGUUCGGCAAUUUAGUCAAUAAUAGCUUUACUAUUAUAAAAAGCAUAAAUAAAAAGUGCUGAAUAUAGUUUUAUCUUUAAAAAAAUACUAGAUAAGGCUCAUUAAUCAUUUCGCCUUGCCUCCGCAAAAUGAUUUCCACUUCCUAGCACGCCACUUCUGCUUGUUUUCCACUUACUUAACAAUACAUUUAUAUGGCCACUAUACCCUGUUCCUUCUCUCAAUUAUUGCAUGUUUAAAUAAAACAGUUUCAAACCAAAACUCUGACACUUCUAUAGUUCAAAAAGUAAACAGCUAUUAAAUAACUGAAUACUCCACCUAAGAAACCCGUAAGCAGCUUCAAAACAGUGAUAAAACAAUUACUGCAGAUUCAAGUGAAAGAUAAAUCCCAAAAGCUAUCUGGAUAUUCUCCAAGAAAGCACAAAAUUCAUCUAUUUAGACCAAAUGAAACCAAUAUUCUAUUUUACAAAAUUUACAAACUGAGUAUUAACACACUUUCAUUGGGAUUUGUAUCAUUAACCAGGAGUUUGCUUCUCUCUUACGGAAAAGUGCUCUCACCUGGAUUUAAUAAAAUUAGACAGACUAGGGCAGCAUCCAAAAUGCAAGAGACAUUAUUUAAACCAUCAGAGGACAGCAGGUCGGGCACAGUUUGGAAAUCAAUACAUUUCCCAUUACCACUUUGGACCACAUAAACAACAUAAGACAAUCAUGAAAAGUUCAACAGAGCUUCUCACUCCACUUUCAAGGAAAUCCCACCUUAAUCAGUAAAUUAACUCCUCCACAAUAUUAUGCCAUAGGCUGAAAUUUAACAGAUAAUAUCCAUUCCUUUAAUGACCAAUGCAGCAAGACUUUGAAAAUGCUAAAGUUUGGAUAGUUAUGAUCAUGAGACUGCACCACACAGAACAUAAAUGUAAACAUUAUACUUGGGUUUGAUAUUUUUCAGUUAAAGUACAGUACAAACCCUUUUUUCCCAACUCGGUUUUUUGUAGGUUUUUGUGUUUUGUUUUGUUUUUUUUCUUUCAUAAAAGCACAUACAAUAAAAUAUGUACAUAGAGAAGUUAGAAACGUUUGAAAGCAUAUUAAAAAAGUAAAUACGAGACUUAGAAUAUCUUGAGUGUGCUGAAGGCACCAUUGCUACUCUACUGGGAAUGUGUCCUCUCAUUAUCAGCCUACCAAUGCAGUAUCCCUUCCUGUACUACUCAGCACCAAGAGUUGGAAGGUACCUAUGGAAAUUGAGGGCUUUCAGGGCCUAGUAUAGGAUAUUUUUUUUCCUUCAAGACAAUAGUGGAACUAGGUAAUAUAGUAGUAACUGAAGUCCAGAUUCUUCUUGAACACUCGGAGAAGUGUUACAGUCUCUAAUGCUACCAUUUAUUCCAGAGACUCAAACAAAAA